AACAUCUGCUAAUCACGUGUAUGUGACCAAUAACAUUUUAUUUGAGGUAAAGCAUGGGAAGUUUGCAAAGAUUUUCGUAACACUUUGAUUCAGGUCCAGAGAUUUCUGAUAGAGGAAACUCGCCUUGCCAGGGAGUCAUAAAUUAAAUCCACACACACACACUUCCAUCUUCUGAGAAUGUGUGUGUAUGAGUCCGCGUGCGUGUGUGCGUUCGCGCGUGUGUGGGGGAGGGGUAAUUUGUUCAUCCUCAGACACUCCCACUUUCCCUUUCCUCCUCUGCAGCGUGCAUAACUUCAACACUCCGACCCACACUUUCACAGUGCGAUCUGGACUCUACAUUGAACAGAUUAUCCGACCGGUAUCGUUAAUCAUGGAUUUGAAAUACUUGGCGGUUAUGGCUGUGCUCGCUGUGGCGACAUACGCUCCUUUCUCACAAGGGUUGUCAACUGAUUUAUUGGAGCCUGGUGGAGAUAGAUGCAAACCUACCAGCAGGACAUUCCUCUGCAUCCAGGUUGAGGCUUGCUACCAGCAGGAACAUGGAGCACUCUGUGUCACUAAACCAAUCAGUCUGGUGGAGAGGUGUUGGUGUCGUUCUACAGUUAACACCGUCCCCCAGCGCAACAUCCGAGAACUGAAGUUCCUGCACACACCCAACUGCCCCUUCCAAGUGAUUGCCAAGCUGAAGAACCACAAGGAGGUUUGUAUCAAUCCCGAGACCAAGUGGCUGCAGCAGUACCUGAAGAAUGCCCUCAACAAGAUGAAGACAUCCAAGCAGACCAACUAGAGAGCCUGCAGGAAGACCUACCAACAGACAUGUAACAUGAGACGUUCUUCCCGGUUUUGACCUUUGAUUUGCCUGUUUUUUCUGGACUCCGUACCCGCCUGCCUGCCCCUUCUGCCUGCCCUGUCAUCGAGCCUGUCUGCUACUCUUUACCUCUUGGAUUCAGGAUCUGGUUUUGACCUGAAAGACCGGAAAAUAGCUGUGCAGCGACGCUCCCCAUCCAACCUGACAGAGCUUGAGAGGAUCUGCAGAGAAAAAUGGGAGAAACUCUCCAAAUACGGGUGUGCCAAUACCCAAGAAGACUCUAGGAUGUAAUUGCUGUCAAAGCUGCUUCAAGAAUAUACUGAGUAAAGCGUCUGAAUACUUAUGUUAAUGUGAUAUUUCAACAAAAAAUGUUUUGGUACAUUUGCAAAAAUGCUUGAAAACCUGUUUUUGCUUUGUCAUUACGGAUUAUUGUGUGUA